AUGCUACAUAUAUCAACACGAUCCAGCGCUAAACCAAGACAGCUAUUUCAGUAUCUCACUUCUACAGCAACUAAAAGAUCUACAAUAAGACGAUUCUACCAUGAUGAUGAUGUUUAUGGAUAUCGUGUGGCUAGAGAGUAUAAAUUACCAGACUACACGCCGGAAGAAUUAGAGAACCGUAGAAAAUACGCUACAUUGUUACGUAUGGUUCAAGCCUACCGUACCCAUGGACAUGAGGGCGCUCAGUUGGACCCAUUGAACAUCAUGAAAAGAAAGGAAGUACUGGCUCUAAAACCGGAGCGAUAUGUGAAAGGAGGUUUAGAGAAUAAUAAGGAAGUAAAAUACAACUUAUCCGGUAUUCUUCAUGUCAAUGAUGCUGUUCAAGAAAAGCAUGUUAUCGGCCAGGAUGAGGCCAGUUUUGAAACCAUUCUCAACCAUUUGCAGUCUGUUUAUUGUGGGAAAAUCGCGUACGAAUUUAUGCAUUUGCCGUCCGCUAGCGAAAGACGCUGGUGGUAUCAUGCUGUAGAAAGUUGGGAAAAACCGCCUCUAUCAGUGGAGCAAAAAAAGAACAUCCAUAAAAUUUUAUCAAAAUCAGAGGUAUUUGAUCAAUUCCUCGGCAAGAAAUUUCCAAACGUCAAACGGUAUGGGCUGGAAGGCGCUGAAAGCAUGAUGGUUGCUCUGGAUCGUCUCUUUGAACUCUCGGCGCGUCAAAAUGUUCGUGAUAUUGUAGUUGGUAUGCCCCAUCGUGGUCGUCUCAAUCUUCUUUGCGAUCUUUUACAAUACCCUCACGCUGCUCUGUUCCAUAAAAUGAAGGGUCAUCCCGAAGUACCUGGAGGCACUUUUGCUUCAGGCGAUGUCAUUUCUCACUUGGCCAAUAAUCCUGAUCUGACCUAUGCCAAUGGUAAAAAGGUACAUGUCUCGUUGUUACCGAAUCCUUCCCAUCUUGAGGCUAUCAAUCCUGUAGCUAUGGGCAAAGCAAGAGCCAAGCAAACAGACUUGCUGGCUUCUUCUGAUUCCUCCUGUAAUUUGGGGGAUAGAGUGAUGUGUGUGCAAAUUCAUGGUGAUGCGGCUUUCACCGGUCAAGGCGUUGUCAUGGAAACUCUCAGUCUGUCCAACCUCCCGCACUACUCAUCCGGUGGAUCAAUUCAUAUUGUCGUCAAUAAUCAACUGGGCUAUACUACGCCUGCUCAAAAUGCCCGCUCCUCAGCCUACUGUUCAGACAUCGGUAAAAUGAUCAACAUUCCAGUUGUUCAUGUCAAUGGCGACUAUCCUGAAGAUGUUGCAAGGGCCAUUGAUCUAGUAUUUGAAUACCGUAAUAAAUUCAGAAAGGAUAUUAUCUUAGAUUUGAUGUGUUACCGUCGAUGGGGACAUAAUGAAUUAGAUGAGCCUGCUUUCACACAACCAUUGAUGUAUAACAAUAUCCGUCAUCGCACUUCCGUACCAAAGCUCUAUGAAAAGAAGCUCCUGGAAGAAAAAACGCUAUCAUCAGACGCAGAAGCGCAACAUAUCCGCGAUCAGCACAUCCAGCUUUUAGAGAAAGGACUUGAAGAAGCUGAGACUUAUACGCCAAGUACGCAAAUGCAUUUAGAUGGCUAUUGGAAGAAUAUAAAGCAUAUCACUUCAGCCGCUGAGCAAGAGCAACCCGAUACAGGCUAUGAUAUCGACAUUUUGAAACAGAUCAGCGAACUUUCUGUUCGCCCACCCUACACUGACUUCAAGGUACAUCCACGUUUAAAAAAGUACCACAUUGAUCAACGUCUUCAAAAAUCAGUUAAAGAGGACCGUGGUAUAAUUGACUGGUCUAAUGCGGAAGCUAUUGCAUUUGGGUCCCUCAUGCGAGAUGGGCAUGAUGUUCGGAUUUCAGGUCAAGAUGUUGGUCGUGGUACGUUUUCUCAACGUCAUGCCAUGCUGGUAUGCCAGGAUACAGAAAAGACCGUUAUUCCACUAAAUCAUAUGCAACCGAACCAACGCAACUUCUUGGAAGUGGCAAAUUCUCCUUUGUCCGAAUUUGCUGUACUGGGAUUUGAGUAUGGCAUGUCGAUGGAAACACCCAAACGGUUGGUCUUGUGGGAGGCCCAAUUCGGCGACUUCUUCAAUGGCGCACAAAUUAUUAUCGACACAUUUUUGUCGAGUGGUGAAGAAAAAUGGUUAAGGCAAAGUGGAUUAGUUAUGUUGCUACCGCAUGGCCAAGAUGGUGCUGGUCCCGAACAUUCAUCGAGUCGCAUAGAGAGGUUUUUGCAAGUAAGAGAGUGUGAUACGUACAAUUGUUUGGAGAACUUACAUGUGUAUGAUCCUUAUAUUUUGGUUGUUAUGAUGCAUAUUAGAUGA